AUGUCGUCUCCUCCGCCCUCCUCCCUGAACCCCGCUGAACCCCAGUGCCCGACACCGCGGGAGAGCCGCGCCAAGGACGGUGAUCGGGAGUGCUGCCAGGGCCGCCAGGAGCUUUUGGGCAAGUUUGCUCGGAGACCACUGAGGAUGUGUGACCCCAACCAAGGCAUGCCACGACCACACCUUGCAGUGUGCCCUCCUGCCCCUCCGGGAUAUCCUGGUCCCGGCACAGCUCCCUACCCUGGUGGCAUUGCUGUUUGCCCUGCUGCCCCUCCGGGAUACCCCGGUCCCGGCACAGCUCCCUGCCCUGGUGGCCCUGCAGUCUGCCCCCCGUGCCCGCCUCCAGGUGGCCACGGGCAUCACCCCCACGGGCAUCACCCCCAUGGGCACCCCCCAUCGGGGCAUCAUCCCCAUGGGCAUCACCCCCAUCCAGGACCACCGGGAAUGCCAGCGUGCCCCCCUGACUGCCACCAGAAGCACCACAAGAAGCACCAUAAGAAGCACCACAAGGAGAAGCACUCCAAGCACCACGGAGGCAAGCACUGCAGUGGCUCAAGCAGCAGCUCAAGCAGCAGCUCUGACUCUGACUGAACAUAUGGCACCUCCCACCUGCACGGAACUGAUCAGAAAAACACGAAGCCAAACACCUCGAUGGAGUGCCCUGCCCUGCAUGUUUCUCCAUUCCACUUCCCUUUCCCUUAGAGCAGCGUUUUGCCUGCUGAGUGAUUUA